UCGCAUCUACUUCAUAUAUUUAGGAACUGAUAAAAAUACUUCUGGCAAGUUUUAAAUAUUUUAACAGCGUUAAGAAAAUUUUAUUGCAACUCCUAAAGUGACAGCCUAAUCUGCCAGCUGCCCUGAGGACAUAGCUAGUAACCAUAUUUUUGGUAAACCAGCUGUAACCAACCAGUGGUAACAACGGGACGUUCUAAGACUCGGAUUUUGGUGCUUUCCAAGAAAACUUGUGGACAAGUAGUGGUAAAAUGGCGACGAGAAGGUCUACCUCCUCGAUAAAUACAGCCAUCGAUCUACUUGCAACCAGUCCGUGUGAUCCUCUUCGUGAAUUAUUCGAAGCUUGCCGGAAUGGCGAGGUUUCUAAAGUCAAAAAGUUGGUAACUACACAAAAUGUUAACGCCCGUGAUACAGCUGGAAGAAAGUCGUCUCCACUCCACUUCGCCGCAGGCUUUGGUAGGAGAGACGUUGUGGAACAUUUGAUUGCCACUGGGGCCAAUGUUCAUGCUAGAGACGAUGGUGGCUUAAUUCCGCUUCACAAUGCCUGCUCUUUUGGUCACGCAGAAGUUGUUCAACUUCUGCUGAGCGCUGGGGCAGACCCGAAUGCCAGAGACAAUUGGAAUUACACACCCCUGCAUGAGGCUGCAAUCAAAGGAAAAAUUGAUGUUUGCAUAGUCUUACUACAGCAUGGAGCUGAUCACACUGUUCGCAAUGCUGAAGGAAAAAUUCCACUUGAUGUAGCGGAUGCCACAACACGGCCUGUAUUAACUGGCGACUAUCGCAAAGAGGAACUUUUAGAGGCAGCUCGCAGCGGAAACGAAGACAAAAUCCUUUCACUCUUGACGCCUUUGAAUGUAAACUGCCAUGCCAGUGACGGUCGCAAAUCCACUCCAUUACACUUGGCCGCUGGUUAUAACCGAACCCAAAUCGUUCAGCGGCUGCUGCAGCACGGUGCCGACGUCCAGGCCAAAGACAAGGGUGGUUUAGUUCCAUUACACAACGCCUGUUCAUACGGGCAUCACGAAGUGACGGAGCUACUCGUUCGUGCCGGUGCCAACGUUAACGCCACGGAUCUGUGGCAGUUCACUCCCCUGCACGAAGCGGCCUCAAAAGGCCGUCGUGAAGUUUGUUCUUUGCUUCUGGCCCACGGGGCCGAUCCAACCUUGUUGAACUGCCACGCCAAGUCCGCCCUGGACGUUGCCCCUUCGCGGGAACUCCAGGACCUUCUCUCUUAUGAAUUCAAAGGUCAUAGUUUAUUGGAAGCGGCACGGCAAGCAGAUCCAGCUCGCCUCAAGAAAUUUCUGUCUGUGGACGUGAUAAGUUUCAAACAUCCUUACACGGGAGAUACUGCGCUGCAUUGUGCCGUCGCCUCAACGGGAGUCAAACGAAAGCACGUUGUCGAAAUCCUGUUAAAAAAAGGUGCCGCUCCCAAUGAGAAGAACAAAGAGCUUCACGCUCCGCUACACAUUGCCGCCGACAAGGAACAUCUGGAUGUUUUAGAAGCCCUACUACGUCACGGUGCCAAAGUCAAUGUACUGGACGGCCUUGGUCAAACGGCUCUACAUCGCAGCAGUCGAGAAGGGCAAGUGUCUGUGUGUCGACUGUUGCUUCCGUACGGAGCCGAUCCGACGGUUGUCUCUCUUCAGGGUUAUACGGCCGCCCAAGUGGCUACCGAAUCUGUGCAGAAGCUGUUCGCCGAAGAGCCAGCUUUCAGUGCAGCUCCUCCACCAGUCGAUCUCGAAUACCAGUUACUGGAAGCAGCUAAAGCGGGUGAUUUGGAUAAUGUCCGUCGUAUUUUGGGCUCCAAUCCCUCGUCGCAGCUAGUCAAUUGCCGCGACCUCGAUGGGCGACAUUCCACACCGCUUCACUUUGCGGCCGGCUAUAAUCGACUUGCGGUCGUCGAGUUUCUCCUUCAACACGGAGCCGAUGUCCAGGCCAAGGAUAAAGGUGGUCUGGUUCCGCUUCACAAUGCGUGCUCAUACGGGCAUUACGAAGUAACCGAGUUGUUGGUACGUGCGGGGGCCAGUGUUAACGUUUCAGACUUGUGGAAAUUCACGCCGUUGCACGAAGCGGCCGCCAAAGGCAAAUACGACAUCGUCAAAUUGUUAUUGAAGCACGGGGCCGACGCAAGCAAGAAAAACCGAGACGGUCACACGCCUUUGGACCUUGUACGUGACGGCGAUCAAGACAUUGCCGACCUUCUACGCGGUGAUGCCGCAUUGCUUGACGCUGCUAAGAAAGGUCACUUAGCCCGUGUUCACAAACUUGUCACCAGCCAGAACAUCAAUUGCCGCGAUUCGCAAGGUCGCAACUCUACGCCACUCCACCUGGCGGCCGGUUACAAUAAUCUUGACGUGGCGGAAUAUCUACUCGAACACGGAGCUGACGUCAAUGCCCAAGACAAAGGUGGACUCAUCCCUCUGCAUAAUGCCUCUUCAUACGGACACUUGGACGUCGCUGCCCUAUUAAUUAGGUUCAACACGGAAGUAAAUGCGACGGAUCGUUGGGGAUUUACGCCUCUUCACGAAGCGGCCCAGAAAGGCCGCACCCAACUUUGUGCCUUGCUCCUAGCUCACGGAGCCGACCCCCACAUGAAAAAUCAGGAAGGGCAAACGCCAUUGGAUUUGUCGACGGCCGAGGAUGUCAAGUGUUUGUUGCAAGAUGCUAUGACACAGCACCUUCCUCCUACGGCUAGCUCGUUGCCCGUUUCGCCCGUCUUCAAUCCGUCACCUCGGGGAUCGUCCAUUGCCACCGGCUGCUCAUCUGGAAGCAGCGGCAACACUGCCACCACCUCUAGCAAUCCGCCAACCAGUUCAGAUACCCUAGUCCUGCCUUCCGGAAAUGCGGUCGUUAUAGCACCUCCGUGUCCGUCGCCUGGCCUAGCCCCCCUACCUCUCCUAAUGCUGGGUCCGGAUUCGCCCAACUUGGCGACUGCCUCAUCUACCUCUGUGCCUGUUUCAUCCAGCGGAGCUCAGAUCGGCGAUGGCUGCUCUGACAGUGACGUUCCUGAACAGCUUCAGUCCACAACGAGCACCGCUUCCGCCUCCACCAUCGUUUCGUUCCUAUCCAGCCUUGGACUUGAACACUUGCGCGAAAUUUUCGAACGCGAACAGGUGACGAUCGACAUCCUACUCGAAAUGGGUCACGAGGAGCUAAAACAAAUUGGAGUUCACGCGUACGGUCACAGACACAGACUCCUCAAAGGUGUGGAAAAAUUCUACAGUCAGUUGGCCGUUUCGGCGUCUAAUCCGGGAAGCGGUUGGAAUGCAGCUGGAUUGGGACCAUCUGGAAGCUCGUCUUCGUCGUCGCAGACGACGGGCACGAUGCUGAUCGAUUUGAGCACCGAAGAUCAGGAAUAUCUUACGGUGGAGGAGGAGCUUCAAAGCACAAUCCGGGAACACAAGGACAACGGCCAUGCUGGCGGCAUUUUCUCUCGUUAUAACGUUCUUAAGAUUCAAAAAGUUCGCAAUCGUCGAUUAUGGGAACGAUAUUGUCACCGACGUCGGGAAGUAGCCGAUGAAAACGGCGGACAAAGCAACGAACGACUCCUCUUCCAUGGUUCUCCUUUCGUUCACGCCAUCGUUCAGAAGGGAUUCGACGAACGACAUGCCUACAUUGGAGGAAUGUUUGGCGCAGGCAUCUAUUUUGCGGAAAACUCUUCGAAAAGCAACCAAUAUGUUUACGGGAUUGGUGGAGGUACUGGAUGUCCGUCACACAAAGAUCGGUCCUGCUAUUCCUGCCAUCGGCAGUUACUCCUCUGCCGCGUUACCAUUGGCAAGUCCUUCCUGCAGUUUAGUGCCAUGCGUAUGGCACACGCUCCUCCAGGUCAUCAUUCGAUUGUCGGACGUCCGAGCACCGGAGGACUCACUUAUCCGGAAUACGUCGUUUACCGCGGCGAACAGGCUUAUCCGGAAUAUUUAAUAUCAUACCAGAUUGUCCGUCCGCCAGAAGAGCUCACUGACAAAAACUAAUUAACCCGAAAAGCUUUGCUGAUGAUUGACCGUUUCAUUUUAUUAAUUAUUUUUAUUUUUUGCUAAUUUUUUUUCUCGCACUUAAUCUUUCCCCAUUUUCAGAAAAGAAAACGUUCUAUAUCGACCAAAUCUUCAGUGUAAAUUUAUCGAUCUUUUAUUAAAACUGGGUUGGAAAAAAAAAAAAAAAAACUUCGCUGUGAUAUUGUGUAACAAUGGCGUCUCCAAUUUCCCCUGCCGAUUUGCUUGUUUAAGUGGGAAGGGCUUUCUCUGUAUACAUCCUUGUUUUUCGCUACAACCAAUCCUUUUAUUUUUUCACCCCACACGUGUGAAGUGCAACAAGCAAACAACAAAAUAAUAAUAUUUAGACACAACAAUAUUUGCAAACGAGAAGUUGAGCAAACUAAAAAAUGUAAUAACCAAUUUUUGAAAAAAAAAAACGCCGAUUUUGUUUUAUUUUUGCGGUUGCUGUUGUAUUUCGAUUUGUGUCUUUGAUUGGAAUUUAGGGCGUGAUGUUGCUUGAUUAAUGUGUCGAUCUUUUAUCACUUAUUUCUUUAUAUGCCCCUCUGUUUUUCUUCCAACUGAAGUUUCUUUUCGCACUGUGUUUUUUCUCAGAUGUGUCUUUUUUUUUUCUAACGAUGUUUGCCUCUUGUACGAGUGAUGCAAAGGGAUUUUCUUUUGUUUUUAUUCAUAUUAUUAUUCGGUUGGGUCUCUAGAAUGGAUCGAUCAAUAAACCCAUGUGGAAUCCUCUCUAGCUAA